GUAGAAACAUGUCGGCGUUAAAACAAAUUAGAAAUUCACAAAAUGUUCAAUUUAUUUUCUCGUUUUGCGUCGGUUGGUUUGUGCUCGGCCACUUUUGGACCGAAGAAAUGGACAAAGCAUUCAAACGAGGAGAACUGAACGUCCAAUCAUACGAGGAGCAUUGCUCAUGUGACCACUUGGCCCCCGUGUGUCCACCGUGCAACGGCGUCGUCGACGUGCAAUCCCAACGGCAACAAAAUAUUAAAAUAUCGGAGAGUUAUUACAGAACGUACAAAUACAAGCCACUCGCCCACAGCGAGGAUUUAACGAACCGUUGGCGAAUGUUGACCCAUAAACACCAGUAUGAGAUGAUUAACCAGGAACCCCGGGUGGGGCUGAAUGGGAUGUGGAGGGUGGAAGUUAAUCAAGCAGAACAACAAGCUAAACAUAUCGCUAUUAAGAAUGGUGCUGAGUCAUCGAUUGAAAUGAAGGAAAUAUUUCAACGAGUCGACGCUUUUCACGGAACGACGUAUAUUGUUAAUUAUGAGGCCCCCGACGCGGCCCGCACAGUGGUUGAGAUGAACCGACCGUACAUUGCCGGCAAACCUAAGUUGGUAUCAGUCGAUCAUGUGACCAACAGGGAGAUCAUAAAUAUUAUUUCACCAAUUUCAAAGGUGAGCGAGAGGUUCAACAACUUUUUAUCGCGAUACGAGGACAACGUGUUAAGUUCACCGUCGUCGGGGCCCGUGAGGAUUAUCUUCGUUAUUUUCCAACCCGACGAUGAGCAUGAGGUCAAAUACGAGGAUUCUGUAUCGCAUAUCACGGAUGUCUUGGACAAGUUCCGUGCUCGAAACAAGAGAGCAAUGAUUGAAUAUAUUUUCACAAAGGGUGAAUUCAACCGAGCUGUUGGGUUGCAUGCGGGGGUGAUGCAGUGCAACGACGAUGAAAUAGUUUUGUUUCUCGACGUCGAUCUGAAGAUUGGAGGAGAUUUCUUGGGUCGGGUUCGUAGGAAUGUGGUACAACAUGAGAGGGCCAUCUUUCCCAUCAUGUUUUCGCAGUAUGACAGCGACGUGAUGAAACACGCAUCAACGGUGGACAUGGAGUUGGUACAAGAUGUUGAAGACCCCAUGCAAAUCAAUAAACAAACUGGAUUCUGGAUUUAUUAUGCAUUUGGUGUGGCUGCCAUGUAUAAAAGUGAUUAUCUUAAAGUUGGAGGGUUCAGGUUGGAUAUCAAGGGUUGGGGGGGAGAGGACGUCGAUUUAUUCAAGAAGAUGAUCAGCGACCCCCACAUAAAUGUGAUGUCUAUUGUUGAUGCCGACCUUAUGCAUAUAUAUCAUAAACGUGGUUGUGAUGUCACACUAGCACCCGACCAAUACGCCAUGUGUGUUGGUGCGUGGGCGGAAACAUUGGGCUCGCAACGACAAGUUGGAACGUUGUAUUUGAACAAACAUUAUGAAUUGUAAUAUUAUUUUCGCAUUUUAUAAUCACCCAGUAUUGUGUUAUAUAAUAAUAAAUAGAAACUUACAUUA